AUGUGGGUUAACGGCGACGACUCCUUCACGGCGUCCACUGAUGCGGCGCUGCCGGACAACGCGUUUCCUUUCGCAAGGCUUGCUAGUGUAACCUUGGCUGACCAAUCGACGACCUUCCUAUACCAUCAGAUAAAUGGCACGACCUUUGCUGAGGAGCAGUGGGACGCCUCACCUGGUGCCUGGAUUGCCGCGAUAUAUUUGCCCAGGCUGCAGCACCCCAAUGCGGUGUCUGACGAUGCCAACCAAUUACCAACCGCUGGCUUGUUUGAUAACGUGGAACCCAACAUGAUGUUACAGGACGAUGAUGAACUUGAGGCAGGCUGUAGUAGGGCGUCGGAGAAGGAUGAUGAGAGCAGCCUCGGUGACUACGUGGAGAGCCAGCCAUCAUCCGACAUCCAAGCAAAUGCAGGCACCGCCACGUAA